CUCCUCCUCCUCCUCCUCCUCCUCCUCCUUCUUCUUCUUCUUCUUCUUCUUCUUCUUCUUCUUCUUCUUCAUUACAGAACUAUAUGGCAUCAACACCAACACACAAUUUGAACAAGGUAACCAACCCUGAAAAUCCUCCAACACGCCAUGGCUUGGCCGGCGCCGUUCCUAAACCAAGCAAAGCCAAGCCCUUGACAUGGUUGUUUGGUAUUUUCUGCACUCUUCUUUCGUCGGCGAUAAUCAUUGCCGGCCUUACCGUGCUCAUAAUCUACCUAAUUUUCCGGCCUCGUAGCCCACAUCUUUUCAUCUCCGGCGCCACUCUCAACGCCGGCCACAUUGAUACCGAUAUGGGCAUUUACCUCAAUGCCGAUCUUACCAUUCUUGCCAACUUCUCCAAUCCUAAUCAUAAGGUGAAUAUCUUCUUUAGCUACAUAGAACUCGACCUUUACUUCAAUAACACUCUUAUCGCGGCACAAGCUAUCCCCGGCUUCUCCGAGAGGGCCGGGGAGACGGUGUUGAGGAGUUUGCAUAUGGUGACGAGCGAGGUGGUGAUAGGGGAAGCUAAAGCAAACGGAUGGUGGAAACAAGUGAAUGAAAAUAAGAUUGCAAUGGAGGUGAGAGGGAGGUUUAGAACAAGAUCAGACUUUGGUACCUUAUUACAUAUCACUUAUUGGUUGUACUCUCAUUGUUCUAUUGUUCUUAGUGAUCCUCCUGGUGGUGUGCUCCUCUCUUCUUCUUGUAGAACUAAACGUUGAGAGUUUUAGUUUAUUAUCUCAUUAUGAGUUAAUUUUUUAAUAUGUAAUUAUUGUUUUUUUGUUAAUGUUUAUUAUUGGAGUAAUUAAUAGUACUUGUG